UUUUCUUCUACUUCACGUUACCCGCUUUUACUCAACUUGCCAACAGGCACAAGGCGGAGGAGUUGUGUUGUGUGAGCUUUUGGUGAAAACGAUGGAAAUGUAAAACCCCGGGGAACACGCGCCGUCUCUGUGUUCAAUCCGCCGUCGACGAGCAGCAGCUUUCGGGUUCUUGUUUGGUGAAGUCCGGCCGCCGGACGAUGCUAGCCGGUUAGCCCGGCGUCGUUGCUAGCUGGCUAAGGAAGUUAGCCAAGUUAGCUAGCUAGCUAGCUAGCUAGCAAGCCGCGUCAGCUUUGGCCGGGGGGCUCUCCUCUUCUUCUUCUACCUCCUCCUCUUCUUCUUCUCCUUCUCUUGUGUCGCGCGUUGGGAAACUUAUAACAUAUAAAGAACUUUCACACUCGGACUUGUAACACGGUGAGCAGUGUGCUCAGUUUGUCCUGAGCGGCUGCCUCUCUGCUAACGCUGCUCUUUUGUUUUUGACAAAAGGGAAAAAGGAGCCGAGUUACUUUCGUCUUUUUUCUUUUUUUUUUAAUUAAACGUCAGCUGGUGAUAAAGUUUCUGAGGCCAAUUUUUUUUGGGGGUUCAUUGUGAUUAUGGCUCCACACAAGCAGGGCUCCUCCGGUGGAAGCCACCACCCGGCGGGCUGUGCUGGUGGUCCCGCAGGAAGAGCCAACGGGUUCUGCCAGUCGUCCUCCUCCUCCUCCUCCUCCUCCUCCGCGGUGGCCGCAGCCAAGAAGCCCAACAUGCAGCUCAUCCAGGCGGACCACGAGCUCUUCCUGCAGGCCUUCGAGAAACCGACACAAAUCUACAGGUUCCUCCGCACCAGGAACUUAAUCGCUCCCAUAUUCUUGCACCGGACACUCACCUACAUGUCCCACAGAAACUCCAGGAGCAACGUCAGAAGGAAAAGCUCCAAGGUCGACAACCUGCUGUUCAAAGUGGAGAAGACGAGGGGCGAGCAGGAGACUCACAGCUUGGCCUCUAACCUGCAGCUCACCUUCACUGGUUUCUUCCACAAAGCCGGGAAACCAUCUCAGGACUGUGAGAACGUGCAGAACUCCGUGUCUCUGGAGGUGCUGCUGGUCAAAGUGUGCCACAAGAAGAGGAAGGACGUGAGCUGUCCCGUGAAGCAGGUUCCCACGGGGAAGAAGCAGGUUCCUCUGAACCCGGACGUGAGCGACGGGGUCCAGGCCAAGCCGGCGUCCGCAUCGCUCUCCCCCUCACCCACCUCCCUGCUGGUCCCCAGCAGCGAGUUCGAACCCAGUAACUCUCACACGGUCAAGUCGUACUCGCUGCUGUUCAGAGUGUCGCGGCCCGGAUACUCGCAGGUCAACGGCCUGAGCAACGGAGAGAGUCACCACAACCGAGAUUUUUCAGAGGAUGUGGUGAACAGGAAGAGGCGGAGCUCGUCUCUCAGGGAGGAGGGAGAAGCCACGUUUGUGGCUCAGAUGACCGUCUUUGAUAAAAACAGACGCCUGCAGCUGUUAGAUGGAGAGUACGAGGUGUCGAUGCAAGAGAUGGACGAGUGUCCCGUCAGCAAGAAGAGGGCGACCUGGGAGACCAUCAUGGACGGAAAGCGACUGCCACCGUUUGAGAGUUUUUCCCAGGGUCCCACGCUGCAGUUCACGCUGCGCUGGACCAGCGACUUGUCCUCCGACCGCCCCACUGCCCCCGUGGCCAAACCUCUGGCCACCCGCAACUCAGAGACCAACCAGGACGCCAAACCCAGCAGCCUGAGAGCCACGCAGACGCUGGCUCUGAAAGAAUCCGUCAGCGCCGACGUGCAGACCAGGAGUGAACAAAUCUCAGUGGAGCCGAGACAGAAACUACGCAUCUUCUACCAGUUCCAGUACAACCACAACACUCGGCAGCAGACGGAGGCGAGAGAUGACCUCCACUGUCCCUGGUGCACCAUCAACUGCAGAAAGCUCUACAGUUUAGUCAAACACCUGAAGCUGUCGCACUCCCGCUUCAUCUUCAACUACGUGCCGCACCCUAAAGGCGCAAAGAUCGAAGUUUCCAUCAACCAGUGUUACGACGGCUCGUACGCAGGAAACCCUCAGGACGUCCACAACCAGCCGGGCUUCGCCUUCAGCAGGAACGGCCCCGUCAAGAGGACCGCCGUCACCCACGUGCUCGUUUGCAGACCCACGAGGACGAAGCCGAGUCUGUCGGAGUUUCUGGAGCCGGAGGACGUGGACGCGGAGCAGCAGCGGACGCUCGUCGGUGGACACAACCGCCUCUACUUCCACAGCGACAGCUGCGUUCCCCUGCGGCCGCAGGAGAUGGAGGUGGAUAGCGAGGACGAGCGCGACCCCGACUGGCUCCGAGAGAAAACCGCCAAGCAAAUCGAAGAGUUCAUGGACGUGAACGAGGGCGAGAAGGAGAUCAUGAAGCUGUGGAACCUUCACGCCAUGAAACAAGGCUUCAUCGCCGACAACCAGAUGAAUGAGGCCUGUCUGCGGUUCGCCGAGCGCCACGCUGCCCACAUCGUGGAGCGCGACCUCUGCCGCAACUUCCUGCUGCACCUGAUCAGCAUGCACGACUUCAACCUGAUCACCACGCAGACCAUCGACCAGGCCAUGGCCCGACUCCGCCUCCUGCAGGGCCGCGCCGCUCGGAGGGACACCGACAGGGAUGGGGGCGGGGAGGAGGAAGAGGAGGAAGAGGAGGACUGGGAGACGGCUGUGGAGUCCCAACCGGAGCCGGAGCCCGAACCGGAUCCGUCCGACUAUAAACCGUGUAGUGAUGAGACAAGUGACGGCGGGCGGCGGCGGCAGGAGGAGGAGGAGCUGUGACAGGACGGGACGACGUUAAAACACAAAGGUCACUGCAGGUUCCAUGUUACAUCAGAAACAAGAUGAACUUUUAAUCUAGAAAGUCGUUUGUUUUUUCUUUAUUCUUUUCAAACUGAAGAGACAUUUAUUAAUUUCAUUAAUAAGUCGACCGCGUCUGUGACCAACACGACGUGCAGGAACAGAUGUAGUGAACUCGUAAAGGAUAAAGCUGCCGAUGUUCUUUAUUCAACAAAUACCAAGAAAAGUCAGAAACCAUCAAGUGUUUUAAUCUUUAAACGUUUCCCUUCCGAGUGUGUGGCUCUUCAAACAUCGGCCUCAAACUCACAGGAGAUAUAAAGAUCGUUAUGGUUUCAACAAACAGGAAGAGACACGUAACGUCUCAACGUUUUAAAUCUGCCGUCAUACUUUUCUGCAGCUGACGAGUGUAGGAAUAUUAAUCAGACUGUUUUCUGUCUGCAGGGAUCUUUCCUUCUUUUCCGAACGGACUCAAAAAUGUAAAAAGCUGACGUCAGACGCUCGGUGACCUUCCAGACUGUAAAUAAAGAUGGACCACACAAAACCAAACUGAUCAGGAAACAUUGAUUUAAUGUCUAAUUUGAUUUUUUCUUUUACUUUGGUUCAUGUCCCAUCUGCUAACAUGGAGGGGGCGGGGCUUACGACCUAUACUGCAGCCAGACACCAGGGGCGAUGGGGGGAUUCGGCUUCACAUCCAUCUUUAUUCACAGUCUGUGGUUUUAGACACUUUCAGCUCCACCAAAGGUUUUAGUUAAUUACUGUACAUGUGUGUGUUGGUCUCGGACCAGGUCCCGGGUCUGGGAUCAAGUCUUCAGGUCUUUUGAUUCGUCUCUUCUUGAGACUCGACACACGAAUCUGCUUCAGCGUCCAUCUGCCUGAACUCUGCUGCAGUUUUUACUUCUCCACCUGAAACAUGUUGAUAUUUAUUAUAUAUUUUUUCCAUUUUUCUAAAUAACUGAAGUUGCCUGGUGAAAGACGCCUGAGAUCACCAGCGACGUGCAGACAAAUCAACAGGAAGUGGGGAACCAGUGUGACACGCACACACACACACUUCACCUACUUCUACUGGUGCUAGACCCUUUUUCUAUUAUUCCUCAGAAACUCAGUCGUCGAGGCCACGGGGCUGUUUUCCUCCCGUGGUCCUCGUGGUGCAGGGAAACCCCUCACCCGUAACCCGGGACCACUAUCCCACUUCCUGCUCCGCCUCCUUGUCCAAUCUACAGUUCAAAACCAAAUCUUUUUCCGAUCGGUCGUCGGUGCUCGACUUGUUCGGCAUCGUGUCAAGUCGCCGUUUUCGGAGACGAUGGUGGAUCAUUGGAUUUGUGCGGAGGAGACGGGAUGUUACAGAUCAAACCUUCAUCCAGCUGCUGCCUCCUCUACAAGAUGUUGCUAAUUUUUUUAUUUUGUUGGUUCCACACAAGCUCAGAUCUUGUCUGAAUUGUCCACGAUGUUUCUUCACUUAAUGAUCCCUGAAGAAGAAUCAGACUCCUGGAGACCAGUUACACUUUUUUUUAUAUAAAAAAAAUAAUAAUGUUAUUCCUCAGCUGGUUUUUGUUUUUUCUCCUCCUGUUGUUGUCAUGUACAUACGACUCUGUGAAAGUAUAUGUAAUAAAUUAGCUUUUGAAUAUUUUUGAACAACCACCCGGGAGGUUUUCGUUAGUUUCUUGAAGUUUUCAGACCAAAGGGGGGAAGUUGUGCCGAUUUCUCCUGUGGAAAAUUGAAACUCUGGGCUGAACCGACCGACCCGACAGAACUCAGCACUCCGGUCUGAACAGUUUUUUACUUUUUCCGCCACAGAUGCUGCAGCUGUGAGGAAGCGGCACUAAUGCAGAGACAGUUGAAGAGGUUUUUGAUUUUCAUGCGUCGCGUCUCACGUUGCAGCCGUCGCUCUCUAAAAGCUUUACACCACAACUUCGUCUUGACUGUAACAAAUCCAGCGUGAGAAAAAAAAAAAUGAAUCUGCUCCGGCUUCACGUGUGACAGACCGAGCACUUUUAAUUUCUUUUUUCUUUCCGUUCACACGAGACCAGCAGCGUUUUGCACAAGAUGACGAGGAGCCAUGUCGGUAAACACAAGACUUUUCUUCAACAACAGUGUAAAAUGUUUUUUUUCUAUUAAAAGAACAGUUUUGUAUGAUUGACA